AUGAGAGACGGAUCAUACUCCUAUAUCCAUUUUACACAUCAGAAUCAGGUCCAGUUUAUGGAAUCAUGGCAGAAUGAGCCACUUCAAUAUGAUGACGUGGAUAUACCAGCUCAAGCAAACGGCAUCACUUCAGCCAAUGGUGGCGUUGGUGAUGGUAGUGGCAGUGGAGCAGACUUUUUAAACAAUACUGAAGAUGGAGAUGCUGGACUCAUGGGCACAGACUCUCAUGAAAUAUCAUCCAACUUCAAAAGUCGCAUGACAGCAAGGCAAAAAAAACAGUGGAUGGACUUGGCAUUACAUGAGAGUUUCAAAUCAGAUUUGAAAAAGUUCAAGGACUCGACUAUUCUACCCAACAUGAUUAACAAUGGUGGAAAAUCAGAAUUAGGGAUUGAUUCCAGGAAUGACCAUCAAUCAAAUUCCAUCAUUGAGAACUAA